GCCAGCGACAUGGGAUGUAGGUAUGUGUGAGCGACAGCUCUGAUCUGCCUGUCUUGCCUCGCCCGCUGGUAUGGCGCCGCCGGGUGUCAGUCGAAACGGGAUGCGAGCUUGCUACCUACUGCCCUUCCCUCACAUGCGGCAGCCUCUCUAUCGCGCCUCCGUCCCUGGUCCCGCGAGCCGGCGCUGAAAUCUUAAUUAAAGAACCUCGAACCCCCCUCCCUACGUCGACGUGGUUCUUUCUCUUCCUUCUCUCCCAUCCCUCUCGCUCCUAGAGCUCUCUCUUGUCAAUCCCCUCCUUCUGUCUUCGGUCAAUCCCAGAAGCAGAGUCUCUCCCAUCUUGUGUACGAUACUCGUCGUCACAAAUAGCAACAAUGAGCGACGGCCUUGUCAAGCGGGCGUCCUCUUCGGAGGGCGCCCACGGCGGCCACGACAUCGAGAAGACGGGCUACCAAACACAGACCUUCGACGACAACCUCAAGGAGAAUGUCCACAUCCGUGGUUUCGAGACCAGCGAGGAUACGAAGCUGCAUCGUGGUCUCAAGGCCCGCCACAUCACCAUGAUUGCCAUCGGUGGUGCUAUCGGUACCGGUCUCAUUGUCGGAACCGGCAAGGCUCUCGCCCAAGCCGGCCCCGGCUCCGUCUUCAUCUCGUACACUCUCGUCGGUUUUAUCGUCUUCCUCGUCAUGGCUGGUCUCGGUGAGAUGGCUGCUUGGCUGCCCAUCUCUGCUGGUUUCACUGGUUACGCCUCGAGAUUCUGCGACCCCUCGCUCGGUUUUGCCCUUGGCUGGACUUAUUGGUUCAAGUACAUCAUCGUUACCCCCAACCAGCUCACGGCCGCUGCUUUGGUUAUCCAGUUCUGGGUAGGCCGCGAAACGGUCAACCCUGGUGUCUUCAUCGCCAUCUUCCUCGUCGCCAUUGUCUGCAUCAACUACUUCGGUAUCAGAUUCUUUGGCGAGUUCGAGUUCUGGCUCUCCAGUUUCAAGGUCGUCACCAUCGUCGGAAUCAUCAUCUUCUCCCUCGUCAUGGCUCUUGGCGGUGGCCCCGACCACGACCGCAAGGGAUUCCGCUACUGGAAGAACCCUGGUGCCUUCAGGGAGUACAUCGACACUGGUGAUGCCGGCCGCUUCUAUGGUUUCUGGUCCUGCAUGGUCAACGCCACUUUCGCCUACCUCGGUACUGAGCUUGUUGGUGUCACCGUCGCCGAGGCUCAGAACCCUCGCAAGACGAUUCCCCGCGCGAUCAAGCUCACCUUUUACCGUAUCCUCUUCUUCUACUGCUUCAGUGUCCUUCUCAUCGGCAUGCUCGUCCCUUACAACUCCCCGGAUCUCGCCUUCGCCAACAAGUCCCAGACCGGUGCCUCCGCCUCCCCCUUCGUCGUCGCUGCCACGCUCGCUGGUGUCAAGGUCAUUCCCCACAUCAUCAACGCUUGCAUUUGCAUCUUCGUCUUCUCCGCCUCCAACUCGGAUCUCUACAUUGCCUCCCGUACCCUCUACGGUCUCGCCUCCGAUGGUUCUGCCCCUGCCAUCUUCAAGCGCACCGACAAGCGUGGUGUCCCCAUCUACGCCCUCGGUUUCUCCGCCAUGUUCGCCCUCCUGGCUUUCAUGAACGUCUCCAACGACUCCAAGGCUAUUUUUGGCUACUUCGUCAACCUCACCACCAUCUUCGGUCUUUUGACCUGGAUCUCCAUCCUCGUCACUCACAUCUGGUGGUGCAGGGCUCGCAAGGCUCAAAACAUCCCCGACGAGAUCCUUCCCUAUGUUGCCCCCGUCGGCAUCUGGGGCUCUUACGGCGCUCUAUUCCUGUGCAUCAUCAUCGCCCUCACCAAGAACUAUGACGUCUUCACCGGCGGCGACUUUGGCAAGGAGAAGUACAAGACCUUCAUCACCGGCUACCUCGGCAUUCCCCUCUACCUCAUCCUCAUCUUCGGUCACAAGUUCUACUACAAGACCCGUGGCGUCAAGCCCCACGAGGCCGACUUCUACACCGGAAAGGACAUUAUCGACCGCGAGGAGGAGGAGUUCCUGGCUCGCAAGGCUGCCGAGAAGGAGGCCAGCGGUGACAAGGGCGGCAAGGGUGGUUGGAUCUACAAGAAUCUCCUCUCUUGGCUGUUCUAAAUUGAACGAGUUGAGAGAAUUGGGGGGAAAAGGAAGUCUGUGCAUUUUUCAUGAAUAUCAUGUCCUGCGAAUAUACCAAGGCGUGUUGGCCCGCCCACUAGCUACAUAGAUAUCCCAAUCUAGACCAAAAAGAUAUCGUCUAUUCUGCGCAAGAUACUUGACUUCUCUUACAACUUUAUUCCAAUAAGUGAUGUUGCCAAGGUGAUGUGCUCUCGGAAAACAGCGGCUUAAGAACACACGCCGACGGUCCAUCAAAAUCGGUUGGUGGGGGUGGGCGAAUCCACCCACGAUGACUCACACUUGUCGAGAGCUUCACAUAGCCAAACAUCGUGGUUAAGCAACAUCUGCAUUCACAGAGGUUACCUCAAGCACAAUAGCUCAGGGGUAGAGCGCUG